AUGGAGAGGGCGGUGCCGGUGCGGAACCCGCACACCUCCACGGCCGACCUGCUCACCUGGUCGCCCACGGCCGCCGGCGCCUCCGCCGCAUCCUCCCGCCCCAGCCUCAAGCCCGCCGGGGGGAUCACGCCGGCGAUGUUCGGCGCGCCGGUCAGCGAGGACGACGCCGAGGAUCUGAGCAACAGUGAAAGGAGAUUGAUGUCCGGCUCCAAGAUGAAGGAAAUGACCGGGAGUGGGAUAUUUGCUGAGAAGGGUGAGAAUGGUGAUUCAGAGUCUUCGAAUUCUGCUAACAGGACUUCUGUGAGGAUGUAUCAGCAAACUGUAGCUGGAAUGAGUCAGAUCUCAUUUAGUGCUGAUGGAAGUGUUUCUCCAAAGAAGCCGUCCUCACUGCCUGAAGUGGCUAAGCAGCGAGAGCUUAGUGGUACAUUUGAGAGUGAUGCUGAAGCUAAAACCAGUAAACAGCUUUCUGAAUCCAAGAACAAGGAGCUCAGCGGGAGCAAUAUCUUUGGUCCACCUCCUGUGACCCCGGUGAGGCCAUUGGCUGCUCGUAAUAUGGAGCUACAAGGGAAUGUGGAUUUUGCACUUCCACAGCCAAGAAGCGUCCACACAUCAGUGAAAGUAUCCCACCCUGCUGGAGGUCCAAGCAACAUCACGUUCAGUGAGGAUCCUGCAACUAAAACAUCAAAGAAAAUUCACAACCAGAAGUUCCAAGAGCUGACAGGCAAUAACAUCUUCAAGGAGGAUGCUUCCCCUGGCUCUGACAAGUCUCUGAGCUCUGCGAAGCUUAAGGAGAUGAGUGGCAACGACAUCUUCUCUGAUGGAAAGGCGUCUUCGCGAGACUACCUUGGUGGUGUCCGGAAGCCGCCUGGUGGCGAGAGCAGCAUUGCACUGAUCUAAUUAUUGUAGAAGGCUCUAAUCGGACAGGCUAGUCCUCAUCUCGAAAGCGCGAAGGCCGUGCUCUUCUUGAUCAUGAGGUCACAUCAAGCUUAGAGAUCUAAAAUAUGUUUGAUAUCUUAGCCCUAAUAUAAUGUACCAGUCAGCAGAAUCUGACUCGGCCCAUGUCCUGCAUGUUUGUGUGUGACCUUAUUCUUCUUUUGUGCUACUUAUGUAUUAAUCUCUUCGUACUGAGAACCUAUGCAAUAAGCUUUUAUGGGCUAGAUUCAUGAGCUCUUUCGACAAGACUGUAAUUUGGAGCUUACAUGGAACAGUUUAGAUGUAUUCGCAAAACACAGUUACAGGAACA